AUGUCGUCGAACCGGGCACCGAUCGCGGCGGCCAGAACACCCACCGAGAAGCCUAACCUUCGCAGGCCGAUCGCCUGCGUCGAAUGUCAGCGCCGCAAAACCAAAUGCGACCACCAGAAUCCUUGUACAAAUUGUAUUCGCCUGAAAGUGCAUUGCACGCCAGCCGUCCCGCAAGCGCGACGCAGGCACAGAAGAUUCCCUGAGAGAGUGCUUCUAGAGAGGUUAAGGCAUUACGAGGGUUUGUUGGCGAAAGGUAAGAUCGCUUUCAAGCCUCUCGCGGAUGAGGGAGCGAUGGACGUGGAGGGACAAUCCGUCUAUGGCGAGGGUGAGGGCCUUGAGGACAGCGAGUCCCAUGCCGAGGGCAAUUGGGAUAUCAAACACACGCCCGAGUCGCUUGACGCUGUCGAAAGUGGAGGUGGAGACCUAGAUCGCGAUCGUGAAAGUGCUAGUCGACAUGCCGACGAUAUUACGCAUGUACCAACACUCCAAAAGGCGCUCGAUCAAGUAUAUGAUGGCCAGACCAGGAAGCUUCUCUUCUGCGAGCCCGCCCCGACCUCACUUUUAAACAUAACUGCGCUUCACCCAGCUCCUGGGCAAAUCUUCCAGCUAUGGCAGAUGUAUCUCGACAAUGUCGACCCGCUCCUCAAGGUGACACAUACCCCUACGAUGCAGAGCCGGAUCAUCAACGUCAUGACGAACUUGACCGCCGCUGAACCAGUCAUGCAUGCGAUAUUGUUUGCAAUAUACUGCGUUGCUGUGACCAGCCUCAGCAACGAGGACUGUGUCCUCCGGUGCGGUUCGCCGAAGAAGGAACUCUUGGCUACCUAUCAACAGGCUUAUCAGCAAGCGAUUUGGCGGUGCCAUUUUAUGCGGACGAACGAUCGUGAUACCUUGACAGCUGUGCUUUUAUACCUGAUCUCGAUCAAGAGUGAUGUCGAUCGUCGUCCACUUUCCACGUUCCUUGGUAGUGUUGUUCGUAUUGCUCAGCGCAUUGGAAUCGACAGCGAAACCCAAAAUGCCAAGUGCAAUGCCUUCGAAGCUGAGAUGCGAAGACGAUUAUGGUGGGCGAUUGUGCUCUUUGAUAGAAGGUUAUGCGAAGCCUCGCACGACCUCAGGAUGUCAGCACUGACACCGACCUGGACUUGUCAGCUUCCUGCCAACCUUAGUGAUUUUGAUCUCCGCCCGGGGAUGAAGACGCUACCACAAGCUCACGAGCGACCUACCGAAGCUCUGCAUAUUCUGGUCCGGAGCACUAUUGGCCAGUGGCUACGUUACAACGCUUCUCAGAUUGACUUCGUGAAUCCCCUUCUGCAGCCACUCGCGAGCAGCGUGGCCACGGAGCCGGCAGAAGCCCGUGAUGAGUUUGCGGUGCUCGAGAAGCUCAUCGCCGCCAAGUUUGGCAGUGAAUCUAAUCUGGACGAUCCGCUCCACUAUGCCACCAUGUGGUCAGCACGGAGUGCGGUGGCAAGCGCCAAGCUUCGAAAGCAUUGCUGGAUCAUUUUGAGAUCAGAUGGGCGCCGAAUGGAGGUCCAGCGGGACGCCGCGAUGUCGCAUGCGCUGACUAUCGUCGAGUGCGAAGCAAAGCUUGUCAACUCGUCGAUGGCCGAGAGAUUCCACUGGUACGUUGGACAAUUCCCCUUUGCGGCAUAUAUACAUGUCGUCCAGGACCUGAAGAUCCGACCAAAGCAGCGACAAGCGGAGCAUGCCUGGAGUGUACUGAACGACGACUUCAUGAGCCGAUUUGGAGGAGUUAAAAUAAGCGGCCAUCCUGUAUUCACCUUGCUUGCCAAAACAAUCGUGCAGGCAUGGGAGGCAUGGAGACUUAGCACGUCUUCUAGUGAUGAAAGGCUCGCUGUCCUGCCCAUGAUUGAGGAGAUGCGUAAGAUUGCUGAGUCGGGCGUGCCACCGGCAGCUUUGAACCCUCUGAUGGAGUCUCCAGGCGGCGGAAGUGACAAUCCUUUGUAUGACGUUGGCUUGGAGGAAUUUCUGCCGUUGCCCGCUGACUACUAUGGGGGAGACGCUAGUGGAGUUCAUGAUAUGAGCUGGCCUGAUGCCGUUGGGACCACCGCAAACGACAUGGAUUGGCUCGGAUUCGGUGGGCCAGACCAGAGAUAUGGCUUUGCUGGUGUCGGUUCGUCUUAG